GCGCUCGGUUGCAUUUUCUUCUAUCUUACCUGCGGCUAUCAUCCCUUUGGGGAUUCGGCAAAGCUUGCCAUUCUCAACGCCAAUUAUAACCUUCCUCCAUGCACUCCUGAGACGGAACCCUUUCAUAAUCUGAUUCGGCAAAUGCUGCUCGUGGAUCCUGCUCAACGUCCAAACAUUUCCACCGUGGUAGGAGAGCUCGCCGACCUUAGUAGUUCGCGCAAAAUCGAUGCAGCUGCUUCGAUCGUCUUCAACGAGGACGUUAAGCGUCAUCUUCGUAUGGCAGGACGCAAAGGUAAUUUACCCAUCACUGCUUUCUCCCUCCGACAGACAAACUUGUGUUGCACUAGUUCGGGAACGUUCAACAGGUAG